AUGAAUGAUAAUCAGUUCAUGGUUGUGAUGAGUAAGACAUCGCUCACACAAAGCAACACGAUGAUACCUAAAACAUCUAUGCAAAAGAUUCAACUUGACAAACUUUGUACAAGUUGCGAACCGUUUUUCUCUCCACCUCCUAAUGUAAAAAAAAAGUUGAGUACUGUAAGAUUUGGAAUGUUCACCCUUAGAAUAAGUAGAAAAAUAUGCCUGGGUAAAUGGGGGACUAAAAAGUGGCGAGUAGAAAUUAAAAAUGAAUUAACACGCCCGUGUAGAACAACCAUAGGUAGGGAGUGGCUCACGUUUGUAAGAGAGAACCAACUUCUACUUGGUGACCAUGUUGUUUUCCGGGUCCUUCCCUCCACUAUGGAGUUGGUGCUGGUUGGCGUUUAUCGCCACAACCCAGCUACUCCUCACCGUGCUUCCUCCGGUGUUCAUCCACAUGAGGCCACUAGCAGAGACCAAGAUCUGUCGGAGGUGGUACAGAAAUGUCAUAAUUUGGAGUUGCAAGGAAAAGAGGACAGUAUUAGGAAACUAAAAAAUGAAAUAGUGUUGUUGAAGCAAAGGAUGUCUGGGAUUGAGAAAUCUAAAGCAAAUGAGGGUAAAGAUAUUUCUGUUGCCCUUCCAAUACGUACAAAUGAUGCCAUGCAAAUGGAGACAGAAGCUGGCGGAGCCCAAGUUCAAUCAGAGGAGGUACAGAAGCUUAACGAUGUGAUAAAGCUUUGUAAUGAGGAUUUGGAAGCGAAAGAGGAAACUAUAAGGAAACUAAGAUUGUUAUUGGAGCAAAGGAUUUCUGGACUUGUGAAAACUCAAGCCGAUAAGAUUGAUUUUCUAGAGAAAAAAAUUGAGCAAGAAUUCGCUGUUGUUAAUUCAACAAUUUCCAUCAUGAACUCUGAGAUUGCUUCGUUGCAAAGUAACCUAAAGGACAUCGAUAGAAAGAAUGAGCUCAUCUUGAGGAUGCAAGGGGCUCGAUUAGCUGAGGUGGAAGUGCUUUUCAAAGAGGAACAAGUCAUGAGGGAGCGCUAUUUUAAUACUGUUAGAAGGUAUGAAAUCAAAAUGGUUCUUCAUUUAGGUGGUUUAGAUGAAUAA